AGUUCUGACAGAGGAACUGAGAUCAAGUGAUUGAUUGUGGCCUCUCAAGCUGCCUGACUUUUCUUUAAGAAAUUCAACCAUUAAUCAUGAUGUCACAACGAAAAACAAGCAUCCGUUUUGUCACCUGGAACACUCAUGGUAUAAGACACCCACCCGAAAAGUUUUCAAAUGUUUUGCAAUGUCUCAGUAAUCUUCAGGCUGAUAUUGUCUUUAUUCAAGAGACACGUCUUGGGCCGAAUAAUUACCAAAUUUUGACAGGCAUUAAAGAUUGGAAAAUCUACUUCACUGUACACAGCUCUUCCAGCAAAGGAGUCGCAAUACUGAUAAAAAACAAUGUACCUUUUAAGUACAUAUGCCAUGAUGAAGAUUGUAGUGGAGGUUACAUUGUAUUGUUCUGUCAUCUGUAUGGCGAACUAUACACACUGGUUAAUGUGUACAAUCAUAAAGCAGACAGAAAUGUCUUGGGUAGACUGAAAGAGUACUUGAUGGAAACAGCUGAGGGUGUGCUAGUGGUUGGAGGUGAUUUCAACACAGUUUUACAUCCCCGCUUUGAUCGGAGUCCUUCAGAUUCAAAGAAUUCACCAUUUAGGUCUAUUUUGGAAAACUUUACUGUUUCUCUGCAUCUCAGAGACACCUGGUCAUACUUACACUUUGCUGAUGAGGGAUUUACACGCCAUCAAAAUGAAAGUCAUUCUAGGCUAGACAUGUUUUUCAUGCACAGUGACACAAUGAGAAGAGUGUGUAAUAUCAAAGUAGAGGAAAAUAAAAUUUCUGAUCAUAAUCCUGUUGUCCUGGAACUUGAAGUGCAGCGACAGACAGGAAACAACUUUCCAAAAGUGGCCUCACUCAUUGAAAACGUAACAUGCAUCAGAAAACCCAACAGGAUAUCGGGGAAGAUUAGUGGGGCAGAAAUACUGAGUGCCAUCAAGACUUUGUCUGACUCAGAAGAACAAAGGCCUGAUCAAAAGCAAGUAGAGCACUACAAAAGUCAUCAGUGUCCAGUUACAGAAAUCCUAAAGAUAAAGUACAACAACAUGUUAAAGAGAAAUUUAGUCUCUGAAGCUUUUAAAGAAUAUCAUCUUUCACAAGACAGACAUAUCUUCAAUGUAGAAUAUUUGAUACUCUCUCAAAUUUUAGCCAAAAGACUUAGUGCAUACAUUUUCCCCUAUACCAAGGAGAAGCAAGAAACAAAUCUUGCUACAUUUCUCACUGUGACAUGUGACAGAGGCGUACAGAAAAUCAAGUCGUCUUUCCUUGAUAAAAGCCUCAAACUAGAAAGUGAAUGGAAAAAGAAACUGUGGUCCUCUGAACCCCCAGCAAAGUUCCGUAUUCUGGAGCACCUCCUUCCAGAAGACCAAGGCUCUUCUGGGGAACUCAGACUUUUGCUGCCUGACUGUCGGCUUACCAACGCCAUCCUUAAUUUGGCUCUGAAUAAACUAAAUUACAUUCUCAAUGAGGAGACGGACUGCAGGAGCAGUGUUUGUUUUCAGAGACAGGCUCUGCUGAUACACGCAGACCAGAGCGAACAGGAGAAAGUUGUUAUGGAAGUCGAGAAAUUCCAGGAAGAUUCAGGAAUUAUAUUCUUGAGAAAAAAUCACACAAGGGAUUAAGAUGAUUAAAGCGCACAGAUGUGUGUGAAAAAAUUACAUUUGUAGACUUAAUCUGGUAGGAUUAAAACAAAUCAAUAAACAACCAAGGCAGAUUAUUUAAUUUUAUAAUUGUCAUAACUUUAAUUAAAUGAUAUAAUUAAUGAUAGUUAGUGAACCUUUAAAAGGUUUUUCAACAGAAUCUGCACUGUAAAUUUUAUUGCAACCUGUCUCUCAGGGGUGCAUUUAUUUGCCUUUUCUAUCUAUCUAUCUAUCUAUCUAUCUAUCUAUCUAUCUAUCU